AUAACGCAAAGCAAAAAGCCCUGAAAGAAGACCUAUCAAACUUGUCUUUAUUUUUAGCUUUUGUGUGCGUUUUAAGGUCGGGUUUUCAGAAUUUCUGAAAGGCAAUGUCAUAUUUUUCGUUUAGAUAAUUUAAGCCUUAGAAAUGAACAGGAAACGUGGUUUGAUUUCUGAUGCUUUUAUUUCGAAAAGGAAGAAAGCAGUCACUGAGAGAUUUGGGCUCAGUGAUGUGGAAGGACCCACUGAUAUCAAAGCCACGUUGGAGUAUCUUAUGACACUCUUUCCCAGAAAAGUCUUCAAUGAUGUCUUACCUCAAAUAGUGCUGAAACAUCAACUCUACAGUUUAGUUAGUGAUAAAACUAUGGUGGACAAAGGAGUGAAUAAAUUGAGGGAACAAGGAGACCUGCUGAUGUUUCAACUAGGUUUUGAUUCAGAAGCUUUUGGUCUGGUCUUUGCAUCAGAUUACAAAGCUAAAGUCCUAGCGGCACAAGAUGGCUGUGACACUCAGGAGACAGUGCAGAAGUUUCUUGACAAAGUUUUGACAUCCUGCACAGAUCUGAGCUUUAGCAAGGACCAGAUGCUGCAUAACUUUCUAUUCUCAGAUGCUGAAAUCACGCAACUGGUUAAGUCAGGAGUGCUCACUGUGAGGGACGCUGGCAGCUGGUGGUUGUCUAUUCCCAACUCGGGAAAAUUUACUAAGUACUUUAUACAAGGUCGUAAAGCGGUACUCAAUAUGAUAAAGAAAUCAAAAUAUAAUGAAGUCUUAAAGGUUGAUCUAGAGGACCGAAAAACACCCUCCCAAGUUAAAUUCCACAUGAAAUACCACAUUCAUGACAUAGUUGGUGCAGAGCUUGUCGAAAGUAUACCAACAACUUCAGGCACAUUAUUACGGUAUGUUGACGAUUAAAACAUCAGAGACUGAUGAACUACAAUUAACUUUUUUGUUUAAGUUGUGCCAAACAUAUUGAACCUUGUGGGUUUAUGUUUAAAUGUAUCAUGGCUAUGUCAAUUUGUGUUGUAAUAAAAAUGAAAAACUUU